CUCAUUUUCUCACAGCCAAGAAUAAAAUGAAAGAAGAAAUUGAACUGGACCCUCUAAGGAACUACAAAUUACAAAGUUCUCAUCAAACUUCAUCUUCAGUUCACACACUGCGACCAUCAGACAUUCAAGUAGCUGUUGCUAUAGGAAGUUUGGGAAAUGUGGGAGAUUUUGGAAAGGAGGAAGGAGGUCUCUUCCAAAGCUCAGAACAAGACUUUAUUCAGGGAAGCAUGAUAAUACUUACAGCUCUUAUUAGGAAAUAUAAUCCUUCUGUGCAAUAUUAUUCUCCCUUGGGAAACAGUGAGAUUUUAUCAAGAAAUGGAACUAUUAAUCUUUUGGAUCAAGCAAAAGAACUUGUGGAGAACAUGAAAGAGAUCCAGUUGUUUGACUAUCAAAAUGACUGGAAGCUAAUCACAGUUUUUCACCUGUGUUCUUCGCAGAACUCUGACUCCCAGGAUAUUUCCCGCCGCAACAGCAUAAAGAAACUUGAAAAAGUCCUGGAUUUUUUAUACAGAGAAGUUCCUAAAGUCUUUGUAAAUGUGGUGGAUUUUACAUUGCUCCCAAUCUCAACUCUUUCACACACAGAUCGGAAUUAUGUCAGGAAUAUAGUUCCUAAUUCAUGCAUUUGUUUCAAAGACUGUUCCAAAUUGGAUGAGUCUGUACAGAAGUGGAUGUAUCAGGAUUCUUUGGAAAAGCUACUGGCAUCUGAAAAGUAUGUCCUGAGGAGAGAUUUCACUGUAGUUCUCCAAAUUUCAUUUGAAGAAGUAAAUAUGCCACUCACAACAGUUAAUCCUGAUAUUGGUUGUUCAAAAAAGGAGACACUACUGAAAAUCUCAGGGGGGGAAAUUGCUGUUGUAGGAAUAGGACUUUGGAACAAUAUGUUGACUCCAACUGGUCAGAAGAAGCCCUAUUACUUCACAAAAGUACCUGAUCCAAAGUGUCCUUCUCAGGAGUACCCGUACAUCUUCACAUACAAGAAUAGUAAUUACUCACCUUUUCAUGUGGUGUCAUGGACUGAAGCACAGCCUCAAGAAAUGAACCUUGGAACUAAUAUUCCAUGUUCUGACCGUAGCCCCUCUAACACUGUUCCUAUCUCAGUUCACAAUUUGAGGCCAGGAGACAUAAAAGUUAUAGGUGCCCUUGGGGACUCAUUAACAGCAGCAAAUGGGGCUGGAGCUUCACCAAAUAAUAUUAUUGAUGUGCUGAUAGAAUAUCGAGGUCUUUCAUGGAGCAUUGGUGGAGAUGAAAAUCUAAGAACGGUCACAACGUUAGCAAACAUUAUUCGUGAGUUCAAUCCUUCUCUAGUGGGCUUUUCUAUUGGCAAAGGAGAUGAGGACACACCUAACUCUUACUUCAACCAGGCUGUGGCAGGAGCGACGUCUGAUGAUAUCAUACACCAGACCAGAAGGCUAAUAAAUUUGAUGAAGCAUGAUUCUAACAUAAAUUUCCAAAAAGAUUGGAAGCUCAUAACCCUUUUAAUAGGAGGAAAUGACCUUUGUGAUUACUGUGAUGAUUCUAUACGUAGUUCUCCGGAGUACUACAUGACGAAUAUACAAUCAGCUCUGGAUAUACUCCAUAAAGAGGUCCCUCAUACAUUUGUGAACCUGAUAACAAUACUUGAUGUGAUACCUGUGAGGAAACUGUAUGAGGAGAAGAGCAUUUAUUGCCCAAGAUUGAUUAUGAGGUCAGUGUGUCCAUGCAUUUUCAAACCUAAUGAUAAUUCCUCUGAAAUUGAGAAGUUGGCGUUUUUAAAUCGAAGGUAUCAGGAAGAAACUCAUCGCUUAGUCGAGAGUGGAAGGUAUGACACAAGAGAAGAUUUCACUGUGGUUGUGCAGCCACUACUCGAAAAAGCAGAGAUGCCUGUGACUCCGGAUGGGCUGCCAGAUAGUUCGUAUUUUGCCCCAGACUGUUUUCAUUUCCACCAGAAGACUCACACCCAGGCUGCUCGGGGGCUGUGGAACAACAUGUUGGAACCCAUUGCAGAAAAGACAAUAAUACAAAGAAUUGAACCUGAGAUAACACUCAAAUGUCCAAACCAGGACCAGCCAUAUUUAAUGACAUACAAAAACAGCAACUAUACUUACCACAAGGAAAAUACUACAGUUUAUGGAAGCCAGAUGCUGUGCAAGGAUAAAACACCAUCCAUCGAAUAUCCUACUUCAGUGCAUAGCCUAAAACCAGCUGAUGUGCAAGUAAUAGCUUCCUUGGGAGAUUCCUUGACUGCUGGUAUUGGAAUAGGAUCAGCACCAAAUGAUAUGUGGGAUAUGCAUACACAAUAUCGGGGCCUGGCUUGGAGCAUUGGAGGAGAUGCUUCAUUAAAGAAUGUAACAACUUUACCAAAUAUCCUUCGUGAAUUCAAUGCUAACCUCACAGGCUAUUCAAUUGGUAUUGGUGAAUUUACUGAGGUAAAUGCCAUUCUCAAUCAAGCAGUUCCAGGAGCACAAGCUAGGGAUCUACCAGAUCAAGUAAAGCGCCUAGUAAAAAUCAUGAAAAAUGAUUUGAAAGCCAAAUUCUACACUGACUGGAAGGUCAUAACAAUAUUUAUUGGAAUCCAAGAUCUCUGCAACUAUUGCAAGGAUAUUAACCACUAUUCAGCGGUAAACUUUUCGAAUCAUGUUCAAGAAGCGCUUGACUUGCUUCAUACAGAGGUACCUAAAGCUCUGGUUAACCUGGUGGAGGUGAUGGAUCUUCUCCCUUUAAGACAACUGUUUCUAGAUAGCAGAUUACCAUGUGCUGUGCACUUAGCAGAAGAUCAAUGCAGUUGCCUUCUUUCCCUUAAAGAAGGCUCAUUAGAUCUCCUGAUGAUGGAGGAAACUAUCAAAGUUUAUCAGAGCAAAAUACAGAAACUUAUUAAGAGUCACAAGUAUGAUACUCGAGAAGAUUUUACAGUUGUACUACAGCCAUUCCUCCAAAAUAUUUCAUUACCUGUUUUACAGGAUGGGCGACUAGAUACCUCCUUCUUUGCACCAGACUGUUUUCAUUUUAGCCAAAAAACACAUUCCCAACUUUCUAGAGCUCUCUGGAACAAUAUGCUUCAACCUGUUGGAAAAAAAGAUGUUUCCUUCAGUUUUAUGGAUAACAUAACACUGAGUUGCCCAACUCCGCAACAACCUUUCCUGGGUACCUUCAAAAACAGCAAUGCCACAAAUCCAUCAGAAAACCCUACCAAGUUGCCAGACCAGAACUGGGGUAGCAAUCUGCCAUGUUCUGUACAGACUGAAUCCAAAGAAGUCCCCACAUCAGUGCACAGGCUGCAGCCUGCUGACAUUCGAGUGAUAGCAGCACUUGGUGAUUCAAUGAUGAUUGCUGAAGGCGCUAAAGCAAUUGGUUUGAAUGAUAUCAAAACAGCUUGGAGAGGACUUUCCUGGAGCACUGGAAGUGAUGGAAGCUUAGAGACUCAUACAACAUUACCUAAUAUUUUGAAGAAAUUUAAUCCAGGCCUCAUUGGUUUCUCCACUGGCACCCAGAAGGAAACUGCUGGGUUCAAUGUAGCUGUGGGAGAAGCCACAACCUGGAAUAUUUCAGCCCAAGCACAUGAAUUGGUAGAGCUAAUGAAAAGGAACCCAAACCUCAACUAUAAGGAGGACUGGAAAUUAGUCACCAUCUUCAUCGGAGUCAAUGAUCUCUGUCAACACUGUUUAGAUAAGAAGGCAUAUUCAGUGGAGAAAUAUGUAAACCACCUCCAGGAAGCUCUUGAUAUCCUCUACAAGGAGCUCCCUCGGGCCUUUGUCAACAUGGUGGAAAUAAUAGAACUCACUGGACUGCGCCAGAUAGAAAGGGAAGAAUCCAAAUGCAUCCUUCCAGGGGUGAGCCUUUGUCCAUGUUUUCUAAAUGCUUGGGAUAACUCUUCUGAUGUGCAAGAAAUGGAGAUAAUUAACAGAGAUUUUCAGAUUAGAAGUGCAAUGCUAUUCAACGGUGGCCGUUACGAUCAACGGGAGGAUUUCGCCAUUGUUGUGCAACCAUUUUUCCGAAACACCUUCUUACCACUAGACAGUGAAGGGAAACCAGACCUGAGUUUCUUUGCAGUGGAUUGCUUUCAUUUCUCUGAGAGAGCUCAUGCUGAGAUGGCUGUGGCACUCUGGAAUAAUAUGCUGGAGCCAGUUGGUUAUAAGCAGUCAUAUAAACAUUUCACGAAAAGGCUGAAGCUCAAGUGUCCAACCUCAGAAUACCCAUAUCUUUUCACAUCGAGAAACAGCCAAAUGUACAAUUCAGGACUUGCAACAAAGUCCAAUGGAGACAGCGUGCCUUACUGGAUUGUGAUUAUAGCGACCACAACUGGAAUUUUGGUAGGAUCCCUGAUUGUUUGGGGUCUGAUGACUCAUAAAAUCAACAAACACUCAAGGGCAAGAGAUGCAGCAGCUGAAGAGAAGACAACAUUUUAAAUGUGCAUCUGAGCCAAAGAGGUUUAACAUAUGCUACCUCUAGUGACAUGAAAAAAGCAACAUGGAAGCUUUGCACAUGCUAUUUUUAACUAAAGUUUUCCAUCUAAAAAUGGAAGAAAUGACCUCAUCCCAUCUUGAAUAGCCAGACCUAGUGAAAGCUUUAGCAGUUAUUAAACGGAAAUAUAAAGAGAUCUUUCCUGGCAAAUAGAAAUAAUUAUAUGUACCAGCAAUCUCUUUUUCUCAUUAACACCUUUCCAUAACAUUGUAAUUAUCCAGUUCUGUGCCAUUUAUCAUGUGUCUAGAUCACAUUGGCUCCCCUUUGUGAUCCUCUUGCCAUCUCUCUAGUUGUAAUCUUCUGUCUUUUCUCUUUGUUCGGAAGGUAAACCUGAAAUAACUGCACAAUGGAUUUGGAAUGGUAGUUCACAGGUGCUCUCAACAUGGAAGCAUCUAUAUAUUUUGUUGGUGUAAUGGAGAUGCCAAGUUUCCAAUGUUAAUAAUUUCUCCAGUGUGACAGGGUCUUCCACUGGAUUCAUAAGAUUCAAUAAAUGCUAUCAUGCAACCCUUCUGUAUUCUCCACCCCGCCCCCCGGUCAUUUAUUACAGAUAUAGGUAGAAGCAUCAUUUCAUUUUGUUUUCCCCAGCCUAGCUCUAUUAGCAAAAUUCCCAAUUGGAUAAUGGCACUCCAGUGCUCGCUUUCAUUUCUUCACCUGUUGAUAAUGCUGCUGCUUGCCUUUCUAAACUGCCUUCAAGAGAAAACAUUUUUCCUUCUUCUCUUGAAUAUCAUAUCUAAGGCAAGGGUGUCAAACUUGCAGCAGAUGCGUCAUGCACUGGCCAUGCCCAUUCCCGGUUUUGUGAAGGGGGUGGGGGGAAAUUGUGAUACACAACAUGACAAUGUGAGUUUGACACCCCGGUCUAAGGUUUCAUGAUCUGCUUAUGUGUUUGAAAGCUACAGUUUUGCUGUAACAUGUUCACUGACAUAGCUAUUUCUAAUAGCUUUAUUCUGUAUUUAGCAAUGGCACUUAGAUUUAUAUACCGCUUGAUAAUGCUUUUACAGCCCUCUCUAAGCAGUUAACAGAGUCAGCAUAUUGCCCCCAACAAUCUGGGUCCUCAUUAUACCCACCUUGGAAGGAUGGAAGGCUGAGUCAACCUUGAGCCGAUAAGAUCUGAACUGCCGAACUGCAGCUAGCAGUCAGCUAAAGUAGCCUGCAGUGCUGCACUCUAACCACUGUGCCAUCUCAGCUCCCAUUUACAUCCUAUGUUAGAGAUAAGGAAAGGGCUAAAUAUAUAUUAGUAGCCAACUUUCUUAGACUGGCACAGGAUUUCUUGCUGGAAAAACGAACAUGUUGCAAAACAGGCUUUCUUUUUCUUUGAAAUGUAAUACUAGGGUACCUAGAGAAGACAUAGUAAGCUGAGCUGGAAUGGGCUAACUUGCUGUGGCCAACUCACUGUGGUCAACUUGUCAUGGGACAAUUUGUCAUGGCCAGUCACAAUGGGACAACUCGUGUAGGACAACAAAUACAAUUUUGAAGGAACUGUGGCCAAUAAUAAUAAAAUAAAAUAAAUCCAAAAAUACAAGACUAACUAUAAUUUCAAUGAAAAUUAGGUCACCAAUAAUAAAAGUAAUCAUGAAAUGAUUAACACAGGGUUGAGUUGUCCUGUGGCAAGUUGGUCACAGUGAGUUGGCUGUGACAAGUUGUUCUUGCAAAUAGAGACAUGAGUUGCCCACAAACUUCACUUAACUGCAAUUCUGCAAAUAAAAUAGUUUUAUUGCAAUUUGGAAUAUAUUGCAGUUGAUGCCAAUAAAUCUUAACACCAUUAAUAUGGUAAGAUCACAAAGAGUUGCUGAUGUUUUUAAUCUGGCAUAGACUAAAAAAUAACUGCUUGAGUGCUCUAUUUGUGUAUGUACUAUUCGAUUUCACAACUGGGCUAUAAAUACAGCUGUUUUUAGCAACUCAUUCCCAGCUUAAUUUGCCUUGCAAAAGCAUGUGCUACUCUUAGAUUAAAGGAGGAAAAACAGUGUAAAAAUAUAAAUGUAUUCUGUAAACUUGGAUUUAUAGAAAUUCAGCAUAGAGAUGCACUGUGCUGAUUGGAGGUUAACAUUCAAUUACAGGUUAUAGCUAGCCAGGAGACAGCAACUAUUCAAUUUUGACUGAUCUAGAAAAGUUAUGCACAGUGCACCUAGGAUGGGGAGUUACCUGAAAUCCCAAAUUGUAGGUUGGACUGGGAAAUUGAAAAAAGACCAUGACAAAUCUCUUCCACACUUUUUUGCCGAGAAAAUGAGUCUUCGGACAUUUAACUUAACUUGGAAUGUUUAGAAGAUAGAAUGAACAUUUUCAGGAUGGAAAGAUGGAUUUGACUGGAAGUGUUGCGGCAAGAAAGUCGGUGAAUAGUGAACUCUGAUGAGCUUCGUGAAAUCCUGGGCUGAUGAACUGAUGCCGAGGGGUCUUCGGACCAGAUCUGACCUGUAGGGACGGGGAAGAAAGAGAGGCAUCUCGGAAGACCAAGAGGAAAAUUGAAAUUGGAUGAACUAGGAACUGUGUUGGAAUAUACCCAAGAAGACAUGGAAACUACGAAGAAGCAAGAGAGUGUUAUUGAAGAUAAAGCAAAAAAUACUAAUUGUGAAAAAUUAAAUGAUUGUGUGGGGAGUAAUGAUGAAAAUAUUAAUGAUGAUAAAAACAGAAAGAUUGGAAAGAGACAAAGGGAGAAAGAAGGGGGGAAGAGAAAAAACACAAAAAAACUUAAAUGAUUACACUGGGAUUAACAGUGGUAAAAGAAGAAUAAUUAAAAGGGGAAUAAGGAGAGCAGUUGGAAACAUAUUGCAAACUAGGAGAACAGACAAAAAUAGAGGGCAGAAAGAGACAAGGAGGAAAAAAGGGGGGGAGGAAAUAAAUGCAAAGUUAAAGGACCACUUUGGGAAUAACAGUGAGAAUAUAGGAACAAGGGAAAGGGGAAAGAGGAGAGUGGAUAGAAAUACAGGCAAAUAAAGAGAGUAAAGGACUUUAAGAGAAAGAAGAAAAAUAUGAGAAAGAGAGAAAAGAAGAAAAUUUAAAAAAAUAGCUGACAAUAUGUUGAAUGGUUUAAAUAAUAAUGGAAUUUGAAAAUAUAAAAGGUCUUUAAUUGUAAUUAUGGAAUUCACAAAGCAUUAGAAAUGAUAUUAUGUUAUGAAGAUUAACUAACAGUUGAAUAUUAUAUGAAUUGUUUUGAAUUGCAAAUAUAUGAAUGAUUUUAAUGCUUGAUAAGUAGUAUAUAUAAAAUUUUACAAAUAUCAAAUUUGAUAACAAUUGAUUUGGAAAUAAAAGGUUUAAUUUAGAGGGAGUAAUGAAAAAGGGGGGACAAAAAGAGGGAAGUUGAUAAAUUAUUAGAAUUCAGGGUGAAGGGUAAGAUUAGAUAUACAAUAUAAAUAAAGGAAAGAAAACAAAAAUGAGAGAGAAAAGGAAAAAAUAUAUUAAUAUAAACAGACAAAAUGUGUUGGAAGAGAACUAAAAGUUGUAUAAAUCUGAA